CUUUAAAUUGUAAUAUAUUGACGUCUGCAGGGUGAUGUCGUCUAUUUAAAAGUUUGAAGAAGUGAGCCAGGAAAAAUUGUGAAGUUCUCAGAUUUCAUUAUUCACAAAGGAAAAGGUAAUCUUAAUAUUACAUAGAAUCUCAAGUUAAUUGAUUACUCCGUAUAUUGAAUCAUUUGACACCCUAUUAUAAAUGUAAUUUUUGAUUGAAGUAGUCUUCUUUUUUUAAGUUAGGAAUCUGAUUUUGAAUUAUGAGUGUAAGUGUUAAAUAUAAAGGUUUUUCAAGGGUUAUAAUUCAAUUAGUCACUAUCCAUAUGUUCCUGCGCAAGACUAUUUGUAAAAUUGUUUGUUUUAAAAUUUUAAUGGUCAUAUAUACAUUAUUUUAUGUUUUCAAAAUUAUUUAACAGUCCAGACAGUGUUUUUUAUGAACCAAACUGUAUUUGAUAUGAAGUGAUUAGCAUUUUAUGUUAAAGUGUUCUAUCUUGUAACACUGGUGUUUUCAAAUCAUUUUCCUUUUUAAGAUUACACCUUGAAAUUUGGUUUGUCAUUUCUUAAAAGGGUUUUUUAAGAUGACCAAGUCGUUAGAUGAGUUUAGAAGUAUUUUUUAAAAUCAGAAUCAAGAUUAUUGCAAAGACAAUGGCAAAAAAUAUAAACAUAUGAACUUAUUUCAUGAUUUCAAAAGAAUGUGUCUUGCACUGUUUUUUAUGUACCAAACAGUAUUUGAUAUGAAACUUUCAAAUCAUUUCCUUCUUCACUUUACCCCUUCAAAUUUAGUUGAUUAUUUCUUAAAAGGGAUUCUUAAUGUGAGCAAUUUUUUAGGAUUCAGACGCAUUCUUUAAAAAUAGAAUGAAGAACAUUGCAGUUAGAAGAAAAAAUAUAUAAUCAUAUAAGCUAAGUUUCAAUUCAUCAUAAUAAUAUAUGCAUUGGGUAGUUGCCAUAGAGAACUUAAAAAGAAACUAAAAUAGAACCAACCUUUCUCCAUUAAUUUGAGACGUGUGACAUGCACGUUUCAAACAUGGCACAACAAAUAAAAAAAGCAUACAUACUGUAGACAUUAUAAGGUCUACUUCAAGACAAAUAGAAUAUAUUAAUAUAGAGAUAGUGAAUAUGCUCUAAUUAACCCUUAGUUGCCUUUUAUCUCUCUGUGCCAGUAUGGAGUCGAUUGACUGAAAUUCAACCUAAAUCCUAGGAAAAGGUGGGAAGGUGUAUGUCCGCCUCGUUUUUAGGUGUGAGAUCCUUAUACAUGGUUUUUGAAGUUAAGCUCAAAACCCAGGGGCACGAUGUUGUCUUGUAGGACAGAAAGUUUGGCAGUACACAGAAGUUGCGUCGUGCAUAGUGCUAUCUUCUUUGAUUAUUUUGGUAGAUAGUAAUGAAGUUCUGGGGUAUUCACUUUGGCAUGAAUUUUAGUUUCCUGUUAAUAACAGAAUCAAUAUUUAGAUAGAUUACAAAAAAUAUAUAUUUAGAAUGAAUAACUCGUGCUGUGAAAUACAUUUACCUCUUUAUCAUGAGAGACAAUAUCCAAUGUUUUCAUGUUUCCAUCAUGUUGUGGUACUUGGUAAACCCUCACGGCUCGCAUGCGAAGUGCCCAAUAUGCACGACUGUCGUUCACUUCGGAAAAACAACCACAUCCCGACCCUUCCCCUUGAUGGGCCACUUGCCAUUGUAGGACACUGCUCUCAACACAAAAGGUAUGAUAGUAUUCGUCUGAACUGUAUAUGUGAGUUCCACGGGAUUUUCAAUGCAGGGAUGGUUGUAUUUAUAGCCAUAUCAAUGGUUGUGCAGUGAGUGGGGUUAGGAAGUGGGAGAAAUGUGGAGAAAGUGGGCUGAUGGAACUGCCCACUACCAGUAAUUUUUUGUUUUAUUUAUUGAAAAGUUAAUAGUGUGGGAAACUGACAAAGGCGUGCCUUCUUAUGUGCGAACUGCCCCUUCCAUUAAUUCUCUAUUAUGUUUAUUAUUAUUAUUAAUUAUUAUUAUUUCAUGGUAUAUAACAGAUGAUAGAAUUUUAUUAUGCAUAUGCUAAUAUUAAUUUUGCCUUUUUUAGGAAUGACUCACAUGAUAAGUUUAUUAUAUUACGGAGUAUAUUUUUUUUAUAAAUAUGCAUCAGUGGAGGUAGAUUUCAAAAUUGUAUCAUUAUUAUUAAUUCUACAAAUAUUACAAACUUUAAAAUCCUGAUAUAGCAAUACUAAUAAUAAUUUUUCCUUUUUCAGGUGAGGAUUACAUGAAGUUGAGGCAAAUGUGUGAUCGUGCAAUAUUUUUUUAUGUUGAAAUGUUUGUUUAUUAAUAAUAGCAAUAUUUUUUUUAUUCUGAAUCAUGUGUUAGUUGGUGUGGUCUCUAGUGGAUCUGAUUGAUAAAAAGUAAUACGUCUGAUUAAUAAUUAAAAUAGUAUGCUGAAAUAAUAAUUUAAACAAAGUAAUUAAUAAUAUCAGGAAUAUUUC